AUGACAGUAAAACGUAUUCUCAUUCUUGUUGGUGACUUCGUCGAGGACUAUGAAAUCAUGGUUCCAUUUCAGAUCCUGCGCAUGGUUGGGCAUAAGGUAGAUGUGGCCUCACCUAAUAAAAAGGCCGGUGAUCAAGUAGCCACUGCUAUUCAUGACUUUGAGGGACAUCAGACGUACACCGAAAAGCGCGGGCAUAAUUUUUCGCUAAAUUCCACAUAUUCUGAUAUCAAGGCAGAAAAUUACGACGCUUUGGUGAUACCGGGAGGACGGGCACCAGAGCAUCUGGCGACCGACGAAAGCGUUCUAGAUCUAGUCCGUACUUUCGCUAAGGAAGAAAAACCAAUUGCUGCCGUCUGUCACGGUCCACAGCUUCUCGCGGCAGCCAAUGUGAUCAGUGGAAGAAAGGUGUCUGCUUACCCAGCGUGUCGCGCGGAGAUGAUGCUAGCUGGCGCAGAAUACCAAGCCAUUGAAAUCGAUGGUGCUGUGACAGAUGGAAAGCUAGUGACGGCUCCAGCUUGGCCAGCUCAUCCCGCUUGGAUGAGUCAGUUCCUCGCCGUUUUGGGUUCCAAAAUCGAGGCAUGA